GAAAGUGCUUUUAUAAGAAAGCAGAAAGCUGUCUCAGUCGUCAUUCACAAGACAAAGUACCUGGCAAAUAUAGAAGGUGGAUGCGCUACAGAUGGGGAUGGACAACGUAUGGUGCUUACACGUACUGAUAAAUCUGCAGAUCAGGAAUCAACAGCACUGCCCGAAAAAUGGGACGACAUGCAAAAUCAGCAGCUCAAAACAGCGGAAUUGAAACCAGAUGCAAAAGACUACAAGCAAGUGAAGGAAAGGUUUCUGAAGACCGCUCCAUCACUGAAUCUGAAAAUUGAAAAGAUUGAAAGGGCCCAGAACCCAUCUUUGUGGAAAGUCUACGGAAUAAAAAAGUGUCAGAUGGACGACAAAAACAGCGACAACAGCAAUGAGAAGUUUCCGUCCCGUGGGGCAAGCGCAGAGUCGUUAACCUUCAUUAGCAACUGUGGAUUUAACCGCAGCUAUGCUGGAAUGCACGCUGCACCGUAUGAAAAUGGAACUUACUUGGCUGUUCACGCCAGCUAUUCUGCUGGCGACGUCUACUCAAAACCAGAUGCAAACGUGGAGCGGGUUCACCUGCAAACAACCGGAAGAGCGGAGAUACAGACCUUCUGGACACAAGUUCUCAUGUAAUACUCAUUCAGAGUAAGUGUACAAGGACAGUGGCAAAGGACACUGUGGAAAUGAUGACAGAGUAAAUGUAAUGUCACCGAGUGCCUCCGCUACAGCGUUCUCCAGCAAGUUCCAAACCGCUUCUUGGAUGUACAACCACUUAGGACAAUUCAAUGCUGCGAUGGCAAAUUUGAAAUAAAUUUAAUAUCAACAGAUGCUAGAAAUCCAA